UUAUUCACUUAACAGUAUUCAAAUACUUUCAUCCUUUCUACUCCACACUCCACAGCUAGAAGUAAAAAAUCUCAAUUAUUUAAUCUCAAGAAAUUAUUUAUUGAUUUUCACGCCACAAGAAUUACUUUGCAACUAUGAAUUUGACCUCAUCUCAUCAUCUUUGAGUGAAAAUCUGAGAGAAAAAUCAUACAGUAGUACAGAGAGAUCAUCAUUUCCAUGGCUCUAUACUCUGCUUUCUGCUUCGAUAGUAUCGUUGUUUCAAACCCUAGAAUUCGCAAGAAUCAUUGUUUCAAUUUGAACAAUAAAUAUGUAAGUAAACUCAGUAUUCGUUCUCGGAGUAAUCGAUUCUGUAAAUUGCAAGGUAAAGCGCUUUCGGGUGAGAAUGGUUCGGCAGAUGUAGAUGAUUCGGAUCUUGUAGUGUGUUUUGGAGAGUUGUUAAUUGAUUUUGUACCAGCAACUAGUGGACUUUCACUUGCUGAUGCAGAAGCUUUUAAAAAAGCACCAGGUGGUGCACCUGCUAAUGUUGCUGUUGGCAUAUCUCGUCUCGGUGGAUCAUCGGCUUUUAUUGGCAAGGUUGGUGAAGAUGAAUUCGGGUAUAUGCUUUCUGAUAUGUUGAAAGAAAAUAAUGUGAACAACACGGGGUUGCGGUUUGAUACUGGUGCUAGAACUGCUUUAGCAUUUGUCACAUUGAGGGCUGAUGGGGAACGUGAGUUUAUGUUUUAUCGUAAUCCGAGUGCUGAUAUGCUGCUUCAAGAAAAUGAACUUGAUUAUGAUCUCAUUAAGAAGGCGAAAAUAUUCCACUAUGGUUCUAUUAGUCUGAUUACAGAACCAUGCAAGUCAGCCCACAUUGCAGCCACAAAGGCUGCAAAAGAUGCCGGUGUGUUGUUGUCGUAUGAUCCUAAUUUAAGACUUCCAUUGUGGCCAUCAGCAGAUAGUGCCAGAGAAGGAAUCCUUAGCAUAUGGGAAACUGCUGAUGUUAUUAAGGUAAGUGCAGAAGAGAUUUCAUUUCUAACUCAAGGCGAAGACUCAUAUGACGAUGCUGUUGUUCACAAACUUUUCCAUCCAAACCUCAAGAUGUUGGUGGUUACCGAAGGACCAGAUGGUUGCAGAUAUUACUGCCAGGACUUCAGUGGGAGGGUUAAAGGCUUAAAGGUAAAAGUUGUUGAUACUACUGGUGCCGGAGAUGCUUUUGUUGCUGGAAUAUUGUCUCUACUUGCAAAAGAUCUUUCCUUGCUUCAGGAUGAAGGCAGAUUAAGAGAAGCGCUGAGGUUCGCAAAUGCUUGCGGUGCACUGACAGUGAUGGAAAGAGGUGCUAUUCCAGCUUUGCCAACUAACGAAACUGUGAUGAACGAGUUACAUAAGAUUGUGUUGUAGAAAUCUCAUUCAACUCUAGAACCCUUCUUCCCAUUUCGAGGUGUAAUGCUGUAAGCCUGUAAUUUAUCUGUAUGUUUACAUAGUCUUUUUAUAAACUGGAUUCGAAGGUGAGUGGCUUCGAUUGUACUUCAAGAAUGUAACAUCAGCAAAUAAAAGAAGUUAAUAUGAACUUUCCGUUCACAA